AUGAUUUUAGAAAAGGAUAUAACAUUGCUUUGCAAUUUUGAUACCGCUGUCAAUGAUAUAGGACUUAACAAAGGAAAUCAGGACCUAACAAAGUUGUGGUUGGGUGAUUGGUCUAUACAAAAUGUUGAACUAUGCAAAGAAUUGCUCAAGUCUGAUUUAGAAACUAACGAAAUAAAUGUUAUUUUAAAAAAAUAUGUCAAUGACAAACAAUCUUUGCACAACAUUCUUCAAGUAGCUAUAAGUACAUUUCUGACAUUUUGCGAAAGAAACUGGAACCCACACUGUGAAGAGGUUGACUUAAGUUGUUACUUGAAUAUGGAAUGGCCAAGUUCUGUUGAUGCAUCAACGAGAUUACAGUAUGAUUCAGAACCGUUGCACACAAACAUAGUGUACCCUGAGUUACUAUAUUUUUCAAAUCAAAUAUUCGCUGCUUUGUGUCAAGUUGAUGGGAACAUGGUAAACUAUUGGUGGCUCUUAAGAAGUAAAGUUGUUCACCAAAGAGUACUCGAAGAUAACAGCGCAACACUGUAUAAAGAUAUUGAUUUAAUUAUUGCAAAACUGUAUAACUUUGCACAAACUGCAAAUGAUCAUAGAUUGAAAGUGUUGCUUUAUUUAGAGAUAGCACAAGCAUAUGUUUUGUAUGACAGAGUGCAAAAGGUUGAGGAAUAUCUGCUUAAGGCGAAAGAAGUAGCAGGAUUAAAAUUAGAAUUAACAGGGGUUCUAGGCAAACGCACAAAGUUCCAACAAACAUCUCUACCACAGUUAGCACUUACAAGUCAACUUGAUGGUAAUAUAGUACGCAUUUCCGCUGAGGAGAGCCACGGUACAUCUCAGUUGCCGCCUGAUGUGGAAUUACAGGAUGAUGUAAGGUUGAACAAGAUUGAGUUCAAUGAGACAAUAUCCCAGAUAGAACUCCCUAGCCUUGAGCAAAUGCUUUGCCUAUUGACUGUUCAGUACCUUCAAAAGGCUCAACCGAAAGAUGACUUAUUGGAAGAGGAACUGCGACCAUACAUUGAUGCUGUCCUUUAUCAAAAGAGUGGAGCGUGGCCAUGCCGCGUAGCAGCACUUUUAAUUAGAUGCAAAUUGGAAGCAAGCCACAAACGUACUGUGGAACGAGCCAUGUUGCAGUGCGAGACAAUAGUUAAUGAUAAGACAGGCAUAUCUCCUACUAAUCGGCUAUCAUAUCUUUGGGCAUCAGGGUUACCAUGUGCUUGGACAUGGAGACAACAAUUGGCAGAUUUGUACCUCAGCUUAGGUCUUGUUAAGGCCGCCCUAGAGGAAUACCAGAAGUUGCAGUUGUGGGAAGAUGUUAUUGUCUGCUAUACAUUGCUUCAGUUGAGACAUAAGGCAGCAGAAGUAAUCCAACAGCAAAUUGAUAUAAACCCAACUGUGAAAUUAUAUUGCCUUUUAGGAGAUGCAACUGAUGACGAAAGUUGCUAUGAAAAAGCUUGGGAGUUCUCUGGACACAAGAGCAGCAGAGCACAACGUCACUGGGGCAACUUUUUAUUCGAUCGCAAGAGAUACAGGGAUUGUAUACCCCAUUACGAGAUGUCUUUGCAAAUCAACUCUAUACAAGAGCAUAUUUGGCUGAGACUUGGUUACGCUGCCCUGACCACAGAGAAUUGGGAACUAUCGGCCAAAGCGUAUAGGCGAUAUACAUAUCUUCACCCUAAUACUUUUGAAGCCUGGAAUAACUUAGCUAAAGUGUACGUGAAGCAAGGAGAGAAAGAUAGAGCCUACAAAGCCUUGAUGGAGGCUUUAAGAUUUAAUUAUGAUAAUUGGAAACUAUGGGAGAACGUGAUCAUAGUAAGUGUGGAUACAGGCCAUUUUGAUGACGUCAUUCGGGGUAUACACCGUAUUCUUGAUUUGCAGAAUAAGUUCGAAGACGUGGAAGUUCUUGCGCUUUUGGUGAAUGCUAUUGUUAAAGAUAAUGAAGAUGCAGAUGGACAGGGUUCAGCAAGAUUAAGAAAACGUGUGCUUGAAUUAUUCGGAAGGAUAACAUCCAUCCAUCAAAACAAAGCAGACAUUUGGCAGUUAUAUUCUGAUAUAAGUCCCUCUUACUUACUAAAGGCACAGCGGUUACUCAAAAGUUAUAGGUGCAUAACUCAGAAUAGCAACUGGGCAAGUGAUCCAAAGACAUGUGAAAAAGUAAUAGAAUUGUCACAAGAUAUGCUAACGUACAGCUUAAAAGCUCGUCAGGAGGCUGAAGAAAAAGAUGUACUUCAAGCGAACCAGCAAUUAUCAUCAGCUAGGCUAACUGGACAAGCCGUCAUACGGGUGAUAGAAAAGCAAUACCCCGAUAUAAAUAUAGAGGAACUACGAGAACAUUUUACCCUUGUUACUGAAUAUAUGAAAUCUAUUAUGUACAUAUAG